AUGUCGGCGUUCUCUCGUAUGCAGCUCGCUGCUGCUCUCAUCGAGUACGACAACGACGCAACGGACCCGGACAAGCCGUUUCGUUCUGCGCAGGAGAGUGCGAUAUUUGCGCCUGCCCGCAACUCGCGGCUGGGGCCAUACCCGCCGCGCCGGAAUUCGAAUUAUCUGGGAGUGAACCUGCCGAGCGAGGGCGGGAGCCAGAGCCCGCGCGGGACGCAGCUCGACGGACAGCAUGGGCGGGCCCCGAGCUCGCUGUCUGGACUGAUGGUGACGAAUCCGUUUGGGAAGGGCGCGGACGACGAGAUGGAGGGCGAGGAAGUCCCUGCGCCGGCGGAGGAUCUCGAGGUUGACCUCGCGUCCUGGGGGCUCGACUCGUUCAUUCCGAAGGACAAGGAAAAGGCGAGGAAGAAGAAGGGCAAGGGAAAGGCCCGCGAGGUCGAGCUGCCCAACCCGCACGACGGCCCCUCCCGCCCCGCGUCCCGCGCAGCCAGCGUCGACCUGAACAAUCUGGGCGCAGGCGGCGCCUUUCUCGAUUCAGCCUCAACCGCGCCGCCGCCCAGCAUCGGCCCGCAUCGACGCUCUGCGUCCUCCGCCCUGGAACUGGGUGGCGCCCCGCUCGAACAUGCCGCUCUACCUCCCCGCGCGCACUCUCUCUAUCUCGAUUCCUUGUCCGCAGCGCCAGAACCUCCGUUGCAUUCUGUCCCAUUCCCUGCUCAGUCUGUCCGAUCAGCUUCCCCGGGUCCCAGUGUGAACUUGGGCGCUGCUCGCGGACAUGGUCGCGCACACUCCACAGCCAGCUGGAACUCCAAGCUUAUGCUCGAUCAUAUCGAAGAGAGCAGACCAAAUCCAUUCGAGCUGGAGCCCCCAUCGCCCACCCGAACAUCUCGCUUCGACCCCAAAGCCGGCCGCUCACGCGCAGGCUCUAUCGGCAGUAUGGGCUCCCGCGCUCUACUCAACGAGGCCGAGACCGAUACGUUCUCCAUACGCCCUCCUUCGCCUUCACGCUCCUCUCGCUUCGAUCCCAAGAGCCGCUUUCGCGUCAUGUCCCAAGCUUCUUUCGGCUCUCGCAUCAUGCUCGAAGACAACAUGUCCGUAAUGACGGGCGCUCCAAGUCAGCAUCCUGACCGCCCCGUGUCCACUAUGGAACUCUUGCGUCCAAAGGUCCUCGUCAUGCCCAGUCCGCUGCAGGGUGCACCAGCUCCGAAAGGACCUCCCUCGGCCUUCACCAUGCGCGAAGGCUUCGAGCUUCGCGUUGCGCAAGAUGGGACACCUCUUCCCCCAGGUGCUCGUGCCGAACCUCAUGGCAUGCUCACUGCCGCGGGCUCGGCCCCCACAAUCGCUUCCAAUUCAUUCACACCCAACCCUCGCGCGAACCUCUCCUUGUCGCAGCUCAUCUUCCGGAAUCAGCUCAUGGUGGACGGACAGCGCGAUGUCGCGUACGCAGACAUAGACCAAGGAUUGGAGCGUGCGACGGAGGACGGGCAGCAAAUCGUACUCCCGGAGGACGAAGAGGAGCCCGCCCGUCCUGUGAGCGUGAUUGUGGAUGAUUUCGCGCGCCCGGCGGGGAAACUGUACGGACGCAGCUUGAUCGACGAACUGGAGUCGCGCAAGGCUACGACCCGCAACAAGCAACGAGUAUACUAUGGUGACGACAGGCCGUCCAUGAUGACUAGAGCUUCGUCUGGCAGAAUCAGCACAUUGAUUGACCCCGCUACACUCACUCAGCCACCCACACUUGGCGGCGUCCCGAGCCCUCCGGCCAAUCUCCAACGACAAAGCUCCUUCGGUCUCAAGCCAUUGGUCGACCUCGGCGACAAUGCGCCGCUUGCACCGCCACCGCGUCCCGGACAGAUGACGCGCUCGGUGUUCGGCACGGACAAGUUAUGGGAGAGGGAGAUGGCGAAGUUGAAGGAGAUUGAGGCUGCUGAGGCGGUGGAAAGGGCGGAGAGGGAAGCCAGAGAAGCGGUCGAGGCUGAGAAGAAGCAGAAGAAGAGGAAGAAGAAGGGCAAAAAGGGUCAGGAAGACGAGUCGCUCGCUCCCGCACCCUCUGCAGAGUCGUUUGCGGCGACUGGCGAAGAAGAGGCAGAGCCGCGGGUGUCCAUCGCACCGCCUGUUCUUCCAGACAUUCCUCGUAACAUCACGCGUGGACCUCCACCUCCUCCAGGCGACGACGACGAAGAGGAAGAAUCGGAUAGCGACAGCGAUGAUGGUCCUCGACCCUCGAAUGCCGCGCAGCAGACCUGGUUCGCCGGCUCGUCUGACGAUGGCAAGGAGGCCAGCGGACCUGUACGUACAGUAGGCGUUGGUCUUCGCUAUCCGAACCGCGCCCGAGGUGCUCGCCCGUCUGGCGCAGCGAGCGAUGAAGAUGAUAGCGAAGAGGAUAUGCCCCUCGUCGCGACCGUGUCUCGCGCUAAGCAACGCGCAACGCGCCUCGCAGGAGACGAAGACGACUCUGAUGAGGAUGCGCCCUUGACGCAGGUCCUGGCGAAGAGGGCUGGCUCCGGUCCUGCGCCCGUGCCUAGCAGCUCAUUCAACAUCGAUUUCGACAACCUGGCUUCUUCCAAGCCGGCGGCGACGAACGCCGAUUCGGACGACGAAGAUGACAAGCCGCUCGGACUGCGUGCCUCGCGCAUACCCCGCGGCUCGGACGAUGAAGACGACGUGCCGCUCGGCAUGCACCCGGACCAACAGCGCCGAACGCAGUAUGCGGCGCUCGUUCAGCAGCAGCAGACGGCGCAGCAGCAGCAGAUGCUCAUGCAGCAGAUGCAGAUGCAGCAGAGCAUGAUGUUCUCCAACCCGAGCCUCAUGGGUUCCGGUUUCUUCGCGCCGCCAGCCAUGAUGACCCCCGCCAUGAAUAUGAACCCUAUGGGCAUGUCGAUGAUGCCUAUGGCGCCGCCGCCGUCUGGCAGUCCGCCACCCAUACAGGACUCGAAUAAGAUCAACUUCGUUGAUCAGUGGAGGAAGAACAUCGCUGUCGACAGCCAGAGCUGA